GGGGUAUAUACUCGAGUCGUUUCCCAGGCACUGAUCACGGUUUACAGAAACUCUGGCUACCUACCGUCCUUCACCUCUGUUGUGGACCGUUGAACAGUACUCGCCGCCAUGCACAUCUCACAGAAGCUCGCCCAGGCGCAGAAGGAUGGAAAAACAACCUUCUCUUUCGAGUUCUUUCCGCCCAAGACAGCGCAGGGCGUCCAGAAUCUGUACGAUCGCAUGGACCGCAUGCACGGCUUCGGUCCCCAAUUCGUCGACAUCACCUGGGGAGCGGGCGGCCGUCUUUCACAGCUAACCUGCGAGAUGGUCAAGGUCGCCCAGACUGUGUACGGACUCGAAACAUGCAUGCACCUGACCUGCACCGACAUGGAGAAGUCGAAGCUCGACGACGCGCUGCGCGAGGCAUACCAGGCGGGUUGCACCAACAUAUUGGCACUGAGAGGUGACCCGCCCCGUGAGAAAGAGAAGUGGGAGGCCACGGCUGGAGGGUUCAGAUAUGCCCGCGACCUGGUAAAAUAUAUCCGCGAGAAAUACGGAAACCACUUCGACAUUGGCGUGGCGGGAUAUUCCGAGGGAUGCGAGGACAAUGACAAUGUCGACCAACUCAUUGACCACCUCAAGGAGAAAGUCGACGCUGGUGCUACCUUUAUUGUGACGCAGAUGUUCUACGACACCGACAUAUUCCUGGAUUGGGUGCGUAAGGUCCGAGCGAAGGGGAUUACAAUCCCAAUAAUUCCUGGAAUCAUGCCCAUCCAUACCUAUGCUGCCUUCAUGCGCCGCGCCAACUGGACGAAGUGCCAUAUUCCUCCUAAGUGGCUUGAGGCUCUCGAGCCGAUCAAGAACGACGAUGUCGAGGUCCGUGAGGUCGGUAAGGUCUUGGUCGCGGAUAUGUGCCGAAGGCUGAUCGCCGGAGGUAUCACGCAUCUGCACUUCUACACGAUGAACUUGGCGCAGGCGACUCGCAUGGUGCUGGAAGAACUUGACCUGCUUCCCGACGUUGAAAGUCCGCUCGAGAGACCCCUCCCCUGGAGACCUUCGCUUGGCCUCAACCGCCGCGACGAGAACGUACGGCCUAUAUUCUGGCGUAACAGGAACCGCUCGUAUGUGGCUCGGACCCAAGACUGGGACGAGUUCCCCAACGGCCGUUGGGGUGACUCUCGGUCGCCCGCUUUUGGUGAAUUGGAUGCGUACGGUAUAGGCCUUAAAGGCACUAACGAGCAGAAUAUCAAGCUUUGGGGUUCACCGACUUCCGUCAAAGACAUCUCGGACGUCUUCGUCCGUUAUAUGAGCGGUAAACUCGAGUCGUUGCCUUGGAGCGAGCAGCCCAUUACCAAAGAAGCCGAGAGCAUCCAGCAGGAUCUCAUCGAUCUCAACAGGCGUGGUUUCCUCACCAUCAACUCCCAACCAGCUGUAAAUGGCGCCAAGUCCUCCGAUCCGGUCUUUGGCUGGGGUCCGCGGAAUGGUUAUGUCUACCAGAAGGCAUACCUGGAGGUCCUUAUCUCCCCGGAACUCAUCGCCGAGGUUAUAACUAGGAUCGAGCGAGAUCCGGACCUGACGUACUAUGCCGUCAAUAAAAACGGAGAGCUGAAGACCAAUUCGCCGGCUGGUCCGAACGCUGUCACCUGGGGCGUGUUCCCCGGAAAGGAGAUUGUGCAGCCCACUAUCGUCGAGACGGUCAGCUUCCUCGCAUGGAAGGAUGAAUUCUUCAGGUUGGGCCAGGACUGGGCGAACUGCCACUCCUCUGUGAGCCCGUCUCGCUAUGUCAUUGAGGAUCUGAUGGAUACCUGGUACUUGGUGAACAUCGUCCACAACGAUUUCCAUGUCACUCAUGGCAUCUUCCAUCUCUUUGACGGCCUUCAAGUUCCCAACAUGGACAAACCUCUGCACAGCACCGGCACCGUCAACGGCCAGGCCAAUGGCGAAUCCAAGGAGGAGGUCAACGGCGCCAACACUGAAGAGAAGUCCAAGACUCAGGCUGCCGCAGAGGCCUUAAAGUCUGCUGCUUCAGCCCUCUCCAACGGCCUCAACGGCGUCACGGUGUCAGCAAACUAAUGUUUUUGACGAAUUACGAUCUUACUGCAUUCAACACGGAAGACCGGUCUCAUUCACGGCGUUUGGUUUCCUGCUUCGUUUGCUCAGCGCGGGAAAAUCCACUUUCAACAGUAAUUUUUUUUAACAAUAUUUCUUCUUACGGAUUUACCUUCCCGAUCCCACUUUGGGUCGGCGAUGUGCAUCUGCACAAAAAGAUGGAUAGCAUAGACAAGGCAUCGGGGAAGACGUCGUUUUCAACCUGACGACUAAUGAGAUGACGAUGGCCGGAAAAAGUAGAGGAUAGCGGAUUUUUUGAUGUUCGACAGAUUCGAAAGAUACCCGACUGGCGCCCUCAACGGCCUGGUUACCAAAUAAUAGUUUCUAUCA